CUCAAUUUGAGCUAGUACUCUUAGAUUUUAUGAGUCAUUUGUGGUGGCCUCACCUAAUCAAGCUAAAUGACUCAUUCGGUAUAUUUAUAUAGACGAUAAUCUACAGAAUUAUCCAAGUAAACCUACAUUGUCAAAAUGGAAGACUUCACUGUUGAACUGAGUGCAAAUCUUUCCCCUGAAACGAUUAUUAAAAAGAUCAAAUGCUUGUCAGAAUCCACGGCUUUGCAAUUUCUUAGCUCUCCUAAUCCAACUGUUCGAGAAGCAGUACAAGAAAUGCUCUUCAGUAAUGAAGUCCACAUUGGAUGCAGCAUAGAAAAUCAUAUUCGGACUACCAAUCGCUAUGAUACAUUUACCAGGCGCUUUGAAGACCUUGGCCGAACGAUGCAAGUGACUUAUAUUUCUGGGUUGAAGUUCAUUGAAACAUUCUUUAGAUUGUGCUCCCUUCAUGAUAUAAAGCCUCUAGUUCUCCUGAUCGGCUGGAAUUCUUGUCUGAAUGAAUUCAAAGAAUUAUUAACGAACCACAGUGUCUACAUUAGCAAGAUAGAAAAAGUUUGUAUGGAAGCAGAUUUUGAUCAUGCUUUGACGAACGCAGAGCUUAGGUUUAUUACUACCACUUUACCUGGAAUACAUCAACUUACAAUUGAAAAUAUUAAUGAAUGUUCAAAAGAAUUAAUUAACGGUGGAUUAAUGAAAUUUAGAAACUUGGACAGUCUCAAUAUUAAAGAUGGAUAUUGUACAAAUUUAUCGGCAAUUCCAUUACCUUCGACUUUAACAAAACUUGCAUUUUACGAUACUUCAAUAAUAAACGUCGACGAUAAUGAACCGAAAUCAGAAGAUUAUAAGAAUUCUGCCAGGAUUUACAGCAAAAACAUUGAUUUGAUUAAUCUUCCGAGUGAAUUAAAGUGUUUAUCAAUUUUCUGUAGGGCAUCGAAUGUUAAACUAAGCUCACUUCCCGACUCAUUAGAAAUAGUUGAUCUUUCUUUUGGAAAAUUUUCCAAAUCGUUUCUUGAUGAUUUCGAAUUAGGUAAACUGUGGCCUUCGAACUUAAAAGAAAUAUCGGUCACCGAUGGGCUUUUCCAAGGCUCGAUUUAUGUGGAUGACGAGUGUAUUGAUGAAGAAAUUUUUCAAAAUUUCAAUGAAGAUUAUGUUGAUGAUCGAAAUAACAAGUUUCUUGAAGGCUCACACCUCAAUUAUGAACUGGUGCAAUUAUUGAAACAAGAUUUACCAGAAACAGUACAGGAGGUAAGUAUACGUCCAAAUGAAGUGCGGACUACGGUAUACUAGCUUGAAAAGUUUGUACGGUAUCUUUUCAAAUUGUCUAUUAUUUGUAACAAGUUGCAAAUUGAAAUCAAUAACUGCGGAAAAAACUACGAUAAAACUUUUGAAACGAAAACACCUAAUGUGAUAAAUUAAAUAAAUAAAUAGUAAUGUGAAUAUAUAAAUAAGACAGGAAUUGCUAAAAAAAACAAGAUAAGAAGGAAAAUUGACUAGUCGUAAAAAAGAUAAGAGUUUUAUUAAGCCUCAAAAAGUUUUUUAUGCUUUUAAAAAAAAAUUCUCUCCAAAUUUAUAAACUAACUUAUUCUUUUUCAGCAGCAACAGCAGCCAUCUUAUUCAAAGCAGAACCGUGGAUGAACCAUUCAAUUUGUUCAGCAUUAUAAGUGUGAGAUAAUUCAGCUUCCCAAGCUUCACCUUCUUUAGGA